AUGUCACAAAUAAAAAUUGAAUUAAUUAAAUCAAUUAAUGAUUUAAAUUCAAGAGGAUUAUUAUUAAGUUCAAAAUGGUCAUCAGAACAAUUGAAUGGAUUAUCACCAACUAUAUUGGCUACACCAUUAACCAAUGAGGAACAAUUAUCAAUUAUAUCACAACCAUCAAUAUCAUCACCACCAAUUGGAAGUAAUGAAUAUUAUAAAUAUAUAUUAGCAAAGAAUUAUUUCGAUUUAAAAGAGUAUAGAAGAUGUUCAGAUGUUUUAAUUGAUUGUAAUAAAUAUCAAUUACCAAUAUUCCUACGUUCCUAUGCAACCUAUUUAGCAAUUGAAAAAAGAAGAGAAGAAGAUAUAAUUGAACAACAAGCUCAACAACAACAGCAACAGCAACAAGCACAACAACAAGCUCAACAAGCACAACAAGAGUCACAACAAAAUGAUAAAAAUAAUGACACUAAUAAUAAUAAUAAAACAGAUCAGCAACAACAGCAGCAACAACAACAAAAGAUUGAACAAUGUCAAGAAUUUAAACAACUAUUUCAAUUUUAUAAAAAGUUAUAUAUUGAAAAUAAGAAAGAUAUGGAUGGAUUUUUAUUAUAUUUCUAUAGUAUGUUAUUAAAGAAGCAAAGAGAUUUCACAAUGGCAAGAAAGGUAUUAAUUGAAUCUGUACAUAAAUAUCCAUGUAAUUGGUCAGCAUGGAGUGACCUAUCUUCGUUGUGUUCAGAUAGUGCCGAUAUUAUUAUGCAAUUGUCAUUACCUGAUCAUUUUAUGAAAGAUUUCUUUUUGGCUCAUUUUAAAUUGGAACUUCAACAAAACAAUGAAUCCUUGGUGAUCUAUCAACAACUCUCAAGGACACUAUUCACCCAAUCCACUUAUAUUCUAGCGCAAACCGCAAUUGGUAAUUACAAUUUACGUGCAUACGAUAUUGGUGAAGAGUUAUUUGAAAGAUUGAUAGAGUUGGAGCCAAACAGAUUGGAGAAUAUCGAUAUCUACAGCAACAUACUCUACGUAAGGGACAAGAAGGCAUCCUUGAGUAUGCUGGCUCAUAAGGCGAUGAAGAUCGAGAAAUACUGUCCAGAGACAUGCUGCAUCAUUGGUAAUUACUACAGUUUGAAAUUGGAGCAUGACAAGGCAAUACUUUACUUUCAAAGAGCUUUGAAAUUGAAUGAUCGUUACCUUUCAGCUUGGACAUUGAUUGGCCACGAAUUUUUAGAAAUUAAGAAUGUAUCCGCUGCAAUCAACGCGUAUAGAAAAGCGGUCGAUAUCAAUCCAAGAGACUACAGAGCUUGGUAUGGGUUGGGUCAAACUUAUCAACUACUCAAGCUACCUUUAUAUUCUUUGUACUACUUCAAAAAAGCCACCACCCUCAGACCCUAUGAUCCUAGAAUGUGGUGUGCUGCCGGUGGUUGCUAUGAAUUCAUCGAAAGAAUACCCGAAGCAAUUAAAUGCUACGAACGUGCCGAAGAAAACUACGAUAGAGAACGUGUUGCAAUCAAUAAAUUGGCAAAACUUUAUCAAGAGAUUCAAAACAAUGAAAAAGCAGCCUUCUAUUAUAAAAAGAAUCUAUACUAUUGCGAUCAAGAGAAAAUCGAUGGUCAAGAAAUCAUUGAUGCUCUCUUAUUCCUUGCAAAUUUUUAUAAAAAUCAAAAUCAAACUCAAUCUGAACAAUAUUGUUUACGUCUCUUGGAUUAUGCUGGUCCUGAAAAAGAAGAGGCAAAAUCAAUCCUUAGAGAAAUUCAUAGUAAAUCUAAAUUAUCUUCAAAAUCAAAACCAAAAUAA